UGCUGUAAUCCCACAGAGUUGGUCCCAGGAGGAAUUCUAAGAGGUUCAGAGUUCAAAAGCCACAUGGGGAGUAUGAAGGAUUAUAGUGUGGAUGUGGGUUUGUGUCCUGAGAUCACUGUGUACACGGGUUGCUGUCUUUACCCACCUGCUCAGCAGCUGCUUCCUCUCUGGGCAGAGCACAGGACGGCUCUGUUUGCCAUGCUGCUGGAGAUUCAUAAGGGGCUGAGUGGCAUGGUAAAGGAUCAAGAAGGCCGGCCGGUGUUUGAUGCGGUGAUCAAGGUGAAUGGCUCUGAAUUUGUGCAUACAGAUAUGCAAGGCUUCUUCCACACUCUCCUGGCUCCAGGAACUCAGGAACUGCAGGUUCAAGCUUCAGGUUUUGACGAGCAGCUCAUGCAGGUAAAUGUGUCCUCGCAUCAAAAGGCAGUUCCUAUUAUGAUUAAGUUCAGUGAAAACAGUAGACACCGAGGCCAGGGAUUAGUGCUGGCUGCUGCAAUCUCCAUAACCGUUAUCCUGCUCUGCUUGCUCCUGAUGUGGCACAUCCGCUCAGCUAAGUUCAGCCGGAUCAGAGAAUCGCUGAGACGGCUCCGUCGUGUUCAAAAUGAUCUUCAACCCGAGUCCACAGCGUCUGAGAAGUUGCCUCUACACAACAUGUUUUUGGAGGACAGUGAGAGUGAGGAUGAUGCUUUUUACCUUGAGCAGCACUGAUAAAGUCUUGGCACCCUGAGCUUACUGUAUGUCACUUUUCAGAUGUUGUUAGAUUUAGAUUUAAUCUAAUACACUUCUUAAAAUGCACACACACACUGGUUCACUUCUAAUAAACAGAAUGUAACUGUAAUAAGUGUCUUCGUGAGGUGUUGGGACCAACCAAUCCACCAGAGCAACUUCAAUUCUCAUUGGCACAGAUGGAGUCUGUGGAUUUGUCACAGAUAAACAAAUACUGUUCUUCCAAAACAUUAUCCCUCGUUCCGCAGUUGGAGUUUUGAUGAUUACAUUCAAGACCUCACUCCAAAUUAACCCACACAUGUUGGUGAGGUCUGCUAACUGUGCCAUCGUUUUAAUUUUCAUCAAAUCAUUCAGUGAGCUUUCAUGCACUGUAGGUGUGGGGGGGCGGAGCCAUCCGGGAGGAGACCACUCCCAUCAGGAGAGAAAUGUUUCCUUAUACAGUAAAGGUGAUCAGUUAGAAUAACUUUCUACUGAUUUGCAGCGAUGCUUCUCUCUGAGGUCAACAUUAUACCACCAUCUGUGUUUUUGAUGAAUUCAAGGAAAAUCAUAAUAUACCUAAGUGGAGCAAGCAGAUGCUUGUAGACAUGUUUACCGCAUGGUGCAAUUAAGCAAUUAAGAUCCAAGCUUGCUCUUUUGUGUAGAAAAGGAAAAGAUCUAAGUGAGUGUGAAAGUGUUUUUUUUUUUUUUUUUUUUAUUGAGACCUGAAUGGCAAGGAGGUUCAUUUACCUCAUUUAGCUGAUGCUUUUAUGCAAAGCAGCUACCCAAACAUUGCUCUGUUUCAACAGGCUCGUGUGUCGAUAGGAACAGCGACUAAAGUGACACUUGCACUUAGAGCUAUGGCGAAGGCAGUAAACAGGGCUGCGGUUGAAAGCAUACAUUUUAGACUAUAAAAGCAACCAAUUAUAAUCAGAACAUUAUAUUUAAUUUUAUUUUGAAAAAAUCAGACCAAUGUUUGAGCCUUCCUGAAUUUCUCACUCAUCCAUCUGUAGAUUUGAAACACUGUGUAUCACUUAUUUUUAUUGAAGCAGCAGCAAAGUAUUUUCCCUAUCGUUUAGAGCUCGCAAGUUCGAACCCUGACAUUGUCACAGCAGAAAAAAUUGGCUGUGAAAUUUUUUUAUGUGUGGGAUAACGUUACUCUGUCUCGUCUGUCGAUCACAGUGACGCUAACCAAUCAUGUCGCGUUUGUGAGCUCGUGGAUGCGGAAGAGGGCAGAUUCCUGGCGCUUUCCUUUAGAGUGUGUUAAUUCCACUUUUAGUUGGAUUAGAGUGUCAUGAUAUUUGAUCAUUUUGUAAUAGAUGAGUGUAAUCUCCAUAUGAUUUAAUAAAAGCGAUAAAGACCCUAUGGAUAUUCAACAAGGU